GAAGCGGGAGGGGCUUAGACGCAAGCUCCGCCUCCCAGUGGUGCGUAUUUUGCGGUGCAGGAAAGCAACUAAGUACGCGCGUGCGCAUAGNGCGCGUGGGUCCUAAAGAGGUGGUGUUUCGUGGGUUAUCUUUGCGAAUGGGCUCCGCGGCCUAGCGCCCUGGUGGCCUUGCAAGAAGCCUCCAAGGAAGGCGUUCUCCGCCGAGCCGGCCCGGGCUGGUUGGAGCCGCCUGGAAGCCAGGCACUGUCAGGACCCGGGAGACUCGGGGAAACCUCCGGUGUGCGGUNACCAGGGCCCACAUUCUGCUCUGGUCUCUGCAGCGCCUCGGCCCUGAAGCAUGGCAGCCAUCCCUUCCAGCGGCUCGCUCGUGGCUACCCAUGACUACUAUCGGCGACGCCUGGGCUCCUCGUCCAGCUGCAGCUCCGGCGGAAGUGCCGAAUACCCUGGGGACGCCGUGCCCCAGUCCCCGGGUCUUCCCAAAGCCGACCCGGGCCACUGGUGGGCCAGCUUCUUUUUCGGGAAAUCCACCCUCCCAUUCAUGACUACAGUGUUGGAGUCUCCUGAGCGCUCGGCAGAGUCCUCCCAGGUCUCCAGAAGCCCNAUGACCUGUGGCCUGACUCCUGAAACCAUGAAGCAGCAGCCAGUUAUCCAUUCUGGCCAGACCAACCCCAGGGCCCCUUCCUGACCAAUCAGAAUCAGCAGCCUGCCCAAGCUGAAGUGGUGCUAGGCCAGAGCCUACCCUCUCCACCCUCUAGAAACUAGGAAGGCUGAACAACAGAAACCAGCAGGAGCUGGAGAGAGCCCCCUCUUCGUUCACAGCACUGAACUUUCCUGACCCCAUAACUGUGUCUUGGCACAAAGCAGAAAAUAAACUCACAGCAGCCACCCUC